AUGGAACCCAGCGACCCCAGAUUUAGUCACCCGUACGAGCCCUACGACAUCCAAUUGGAAUUCAUGAGCAGUUUGUACGACACAAUACAACAAGGCAACGUCGGCAUAUUCGAGUCGCCCACAGGAACAGGCAAAUCUCUGAGCUUGAUUUGUGGCGCCUUGACAUGGCUUCGAGAUCACAAGCGGCACAGCCUAGAGGGGGACAUCAACGGCACCGCUCCUGCCACCAGCGACUGGCUCGCAGCAGCGGAGAAGGUCAAUCGACGGAAGGCACUGCUACGAGAUCGAGAGGAGUUUGAGCAGAAAUUAGCCAAGCUUCGACGCGACGAGGCACGUUCCCAACGCCGCCAGGAGAGCGACAGACCGACUAAGCGUGUGCGUCUAGGUCAGAGUGCCGACCGGAGAAAUGAGGAUGAUUUCUUGCUGGACGAGUAUGAGUCUGGAGAAGAGUCAAGCAAGCCAAGCAACGGACAGACGCAUUUCUCUGCAUCGACUCGAUCCCUACUCGAGAAGUUGCAGGGUACAACUCCCGCCACCGAAGAGGAUUCUGUGAUGCCUGAAGAGAUGAAGGUGAUCUUCUGCUCGCGCACACAUUCUCAACUGAGCCAAUUUGUGAAUGAGUUACGCCGUGUCAAGCUGCCCAACUCUAUGCCAGCUGAAGAUACCAGCGAUAGUGGUGACGGUGAGCCUGUGAAACAAUUGGCAUUGGGUUCGAGGAAGAAUCUAUGCAUCAACGAGAAAGUCAAGCGACUACAGUCAACGGCCGCCAUCAACGAGGGAUGCUUGGAACUACAAAAGCCUGGGACGGCAAAAGACAAGAGAUGUCCGUAUGUAUUGAGCAAGGAGAACGUUGCACAGACGAACGCAUUUCGGGAUCGAGCUAUCGCCAAUAUCAGGGAUAUUGAAGACAUCUCGAAGCUUGGUCAAGAGUUGAAAAUAUGCCCAUACUACGCCUCAAGACACGCAAUCAAUCCCAGCGAGGUAUUGACCUUGCCAUAUCCUUUGUUGCUGCAGAAGUCGGCACGGGAAGCGCUGGGCGUAUCGGUCAAAGACAACGUGGUUGUCAUUGACGAAGCCCACAAUCUGAUGGAUGCGAUUGCCGACACGUUCUCUGUUGCUAUUCGACUGGAACAGCUCAAGACUGUCACUCGGCAGGUUACCGCAUACGUUCAGCGCUUCAAGAACAAAUUGAAGGGCAAGAAUCGUGUCUACAUCACUCAGCUUAUUCGGCUGAUGAACUCUGUGACGGAUUGCCUGGAACGGCUGCAAAGAACAGCACAGCAGCAGGAUGUCCAGCUCACUGCUGCACAACUCAUGGCCGGAAAAGGUGUCGAUCAAAUUACGCCUCACAAGCUGAUGCAAUACAUCCAUCAAAGCAAGCUCGCCUACAAGAUUGAGGGCUACAACGAGCUACAAGGAGCUCAGGUUGCUUCUGCCACGGACCGUGGACUUCUUAUGCUCUUCCAGAGCUUCCUUGUCGCCUUGAUGAACCCAGAUGCCGAGGGACGAUUCUUUGCAUCGAGGGAGGAUUCAGAUAUGUCUCUUCGUUAUACACUGCUCGACCCUCGAGAGCAUUUUCGAGACAUAGUGCAGGAAGCACGUGCUGUCAUCUUAGCCGGCGGCACCAUGUCGCCCAUGUCGGACUAUGCUGAGCACUUGUUCUCAUACUUGCCCUCGAAUAAGUUACAGACAUUCAGCUUCGGGCACGUUAUCCCAAAAGACAACAUCUUUGUACGGCCUAUCACCUCUGGACCAUCCGGUACUGCCCUCGACUUCACGUUUGACAAGCGAGGUCUGCCUGCAACAGUGACUGAUCUCGGCCGUCUCCUCGUUCAGGUUGUUGCUAUUGUUCCUGACGGCGUUGUCGUCUUCUUUCCGAGCUAUGACUACCUUGCAAAAGUAACGAAGGCAUGGCAACAGCCAAACGCGGCCGCCCUAAGCGUGAUGCAACAACUCCGACAGCACAAGCCGGUGUUCGAAGAGUCGAAAGGCAUUGCCACGGACACUCUUCUUGGAAAUUAUACGGAGGCAAUCAACUCCAAGCGUGGAGGCCUCCUGUUCGCUGUCAUAAACGGUUCUCUCUCAGAAGGCAUCAACUUCUCUGACGCUCUUGGACGGGCUGUGCUAUGCGUCGGUCUUCCUUUUCCCAACGCACAGUCUGGUCUAUGGAAGGCUAAGAUCCAGUACAUCGAAGCCCGAAAGCAUGCUCAGUGCGUCAAACAAGGCUCCUCGGAUGCCGAAGCAAAGACCGCAGCCAAAGCGUCAGGUCGGGACUUUUACGAGAACGUGUGUAUGAGGGCAGUGAAUCAGAGCAUAGGUAGGGCAAUUCGGCACAGAGAGGACUAUGCUGCCGUGCUGCUUGUGGACAGAAGAUUCGGGACCGAGAGAAUCAAGAAAAAGUUGCCGGGAUGGAUUCAAGAAUCUCUGCCCGUGAACAAAGUCGAGGCUAAUUGGCAGAGCACUGCCGGUGAGCUGAAGUCUUUCUUCGCGAGAUAA